AGAAUGAGUAUGUUGCCAAAUGCAGGAGGACAGAGUGAAUUGUCUGAAAUACUUUCAUGUGAAAUUGUGGAAAGGAUCUUGGGUGUAGAAUUAAACAAGACUGAGAUGGAAAUAGAAUACUUUUUCAUGAAUCAACCAAUGACCGAUUACCUUGUUAGCUUUCGGAAUUCAAGUCAAUUUUUACUAGGAGUUUCAGUUACUAGAGCAUUUUCCUACCGUCGAAGAUACACAAAACAUGACGCAUAUCGAUUAUUAAGUAAAAAGUUAAGUGGAAUAAAUUCAUCAACACGAAACAUUUUAAAAGUACGAAUAUGGAAACAAAUAUUACAUAUAUGGUGUCCAAGUGGAAAAGUGGCUAAUAUAGUACGAAAAGUUUAUUCAAAGUUACCUAAAGAAUAUACAUCGAAUACUAUUAUCAUGUUGACUGUGGUGAAUUGUAAAUGGGUUUUUACAAAUAACAAGGAAAAGUCAAAGGCAAAGUCAAACUUAUUAAUAAUAUAA